AUUUACUAUUUCCAAACCAUUAGGGGAAGUCCUUGACAAUGAUUAACUGUGUGGCUCUGAAAGACGAGCGCCGCUUUUCUCCUCAGGCAAUUUGAGACAAAAUGCAUCUGAGACACCCUGCAUUGGUUCUCCUGCUUUGGUUUCCUGCCGUGCUGCUCAUUCCAGCACCGACAGCAAAGCAGGAUUGUUUGCCUCCUCGCCUGGACAAUGUUGGUUUUGUUCUCAUACCAAAAGACAAAUAUAAUCAUAACCAAACGAUCAGUUAUUCCUGUGAUAAUGGACUAAAACCAGCAGCAGAGGGUUGGUGGGCGCAGAUCACGUGUCUGAAUGGCAAGUGGUCUCCUGAACCACAAUGUAUUGAUGAAAAUAGCUGUGUUAAACCAGAGGACGUCCCCAAUACAAGAUACAGUUCAAACACAACUGGAUGGUACGAGAAUGAAAAGAAGAUACAAGUAAAAUGUAACAAAGGAUAUGGAACCAAAAACAAUCUAUUAACAGGCACUUGUAUAAACGGAACCUGGAGCUCAAUGCCCGUCUGUGAGAAAAGUGCAGACUCAUGCAGUGAACCUCCUCAACUUCCUCACGCUGUAAUAAUCAACCAGAAAUAUCAGGAGGUGUUUGCUGUAGAUUCAGAAGUGAUGUAUCAGUGUGAGGACGGCUACACCACAGAGCAGGGAGAAUCCAUGAAGUCUGUUAUUUGCAUAUCUGGAAACUGGACUGAAGGUCCAACGUGCAGAUCUUCCAGCAGUUCUGGUUCCUCAGUGAGCACGGUCCCAACGGUACCAAUCUCUAACUGUGGAAGACACCCCAUUGUUAUAAAUGCUGUUGUUGUACAAAGUGAUCUAAUGUCUCUGAAAUAUCGCUGCAAUACGUUCUACUCGUUGGAGGGUCCAGAGAUUGUGAAGUGUUACAGUAAUGGCAUGUGGUCAGAAAACCCCACCUGCAAAGUUGCUUAUUGUGUUUUAAACACUAAGGGACAUGAUGUGUUAAAGGACGUUGGACGGAAAUAUAUUAAAAAUGGUGAAACAGUCGAAAUGGAGUGUCAGAAACUGAAGUUUUACUGGGUGAGAACACACAAAGCUAAGGUCCAGUGCAAUGAUGGAGAAAUUCAGUUAGGCAGCUGUUGUAGCCCAACUGACACAGCGUUUACUGACUGUAAAUAAGCUGCAUCACACAGUGACCACUGAGCAUGAAGCAGCCUGACAACAGGAACCAGCCUGGAAGCCACAUGCUGGGGUUUAAUCAAUCAUUUCUUGUUUUUUUUCUCUUUAUCACUUAAGCCUUUCUACUACAUGUUGUAGUAACAUGUGAGUCUGUGUUAAAAUCUGUGGAAACCAUUGUCUGAAUAAAGCUUUGAUGGAG